ACGUCUUUACGAUGUACGUCACUGACAUGCGUCUGUCAUGUUGUAAACAUUUCCGAGCUAGCAUCAUGUACCGCCGUUUUGUGUUUCACCCGAGCAGAGCCUGUAGUCGUCACUUUCUAAUUUACCACUGAUAUUAAUCCACGCAGCUCAGAUGAUCUUAUAAAUUCUUUCCCGGGCCUUUUAAAAGAGCGCAUCGCGUUCCUGUCGUAAAGCUAAUCUUAGGCUUCAGGCUAGCGCGACCUCUUAUUGCUAAACGCUCACUCGCUCCAGAAAUGGUGCUUUCCCUGGUGAGCCUUUGCGCCAGGGUGGUGGUGAGCGACCACAGCUCGUCGCCCUGCUGGCUCAGGUGGGUGCCCAGGGAGCUGUUCGGACCGCUGCUGGAGGCCGCCUUCGCCGGCUGCAGACCGCUGGCCGUGGGCGAGCUGGUGCAGAGAUGGCCUGAACGCACCCUGCGCGUGGGAGGACGGAGGAAACGGGGACAAACGUCCCCAAACCGACUCUGUAUCCAGGCUCUGCUGCUCGCAGUUGUCAGAGGGCUCUCGGACCAAAAGUGUGCCCUGCAAGUGCUGGAUCUAUGUGGGCUGCAAGGAGACGAAGGAGGGAUGGGAGACUCCAUGGGAGGCUGGUCCCUCACUGUGGCUCUGUGUACUAUGGUUGUUCAAGGCAGGGUUGGUCCACAAAAGGGACUGAGGAGGGAAGGAGAGCGGGAGAGAAAAAGAUUUUCAGCUUUGGAAAGAGAAAAGGACCUAAAGAGAGAGAGAGGGCAGAGGAGGAGGGGGGGCGGACCUCACAAUGAGGAGACAAGCACGGACAGACAGUUGGGAGUUGUGGGUGAAGAGGAGCUUAUUAAAGGAGUCAGGAGGAGGAUGGAGAUAGAGAGGAAACAAGAGAGCACGACCACAGGCGAAGCAAGCAGCAAAAAGGAAAACCAGGAAAAAGAUCCAGAUGCUGAUGUGUGGGUGCACGUGAGGGCUGAUCUCUUUGUUAAUGCUCGAUCCUGGGAGCGUGUCUAUGUUGCUCUCAGCACGUGGGGACCCCUCAAACUUCAGUGCCGAUAUCUCCGCGUCGAGGAAAUAUCCGUAUCAAGUAUUAGGACUCUGCUGGAGCUGCUCCCUCGCCAGAGUCUCCUUGGGAUCGACGUGCGGUACAGCAGCCUUGGGGUGGCCGGCUUGGCCGAGCUGCUGCCGCUGCUCUCCACCUUUCCUGUGCUAAAAUCUCUCCGGCUUCACUAUUGUAACUUGGACUUCCGCCGAGACCACUCUGUCUUGGAGGAGGCGCUCAGGGACCUUUCUCAGGGCCUGGCACAGUUGCAAGAACUGAGACGCCUUAGCCUCACUGCACUGCGCCUGCCUGGACAACUGCGUGUGCUGCUCAGCUCUCUACCCCACCCUUUAGAGAUACUGGAGCUGCCAUAUCUGAGCCUAAGCCCAGCGGACCUCGCCUACCUGUCCUGCAGCCAUCACGCAUGCUCACUACAGCAGCUAGAUCUAAGUGAAAACCGUCUGGAUGAAAACACCCUGACCUCUAUUCGGCGCCUUCUUGCUCAGGCUUCCAGCAGCCUGCAGCACCUUUCUCUAAGUGGCUGUGGGCUGACUGAUGGUCUGCUUGUACUCCUGCUGCCCUCGCUUGGGGGCUGCAGGACCCUCAAGAGCUUGGCUCUGGCCCUGAACCCACUCUCCAUGGCUGGCCUCAUGGACCUAGUGAAGAUGGCGGUGAGGAUGCCAGCCCUCCGCCAGUUACUGUACCCAAACCCCCUGGAGGACUACCAACCAGGCCUUCCUGAAUUACCUUCUAGCGCUCACCUCUUGGACUGGCCUCUGAAUGACAUCACAGGCAUUAAUGCAACCAGCAGCCAGCUCCAGAGGGUGCUGGUAGACAGCAGACGCACUGAUCUCUUCUUAACCUGUGACCUGCUCAAUUAUGAUAAAGUCUUGAUGGACUAGAGCAGAAAUCAGGACAUGAGCACAGAUGCUUUGAAGUUACCUCGCUAGUGUACAGCAGACCAAUGUAACACCGAUAACCAUCAUCAAAUGAAGGAUGUAGUUGUUUGUUUUUUCUUUAAAAGAUCCAAAACAGCAAUCAAAACUGUAUCCACAUCUUCCAACAUCCAACAAUUACAGAAUCAAGAUUUCUUUUUACUGGGUGCAAAGUUAGUGUGAUCCUCAAAGUACUGAGAAAGAAAAAUACAUUUCAUAAAUGUGCAAUUUGACUUAUGUUUCUACACUGAUGAGGAAAUGUUUCAGGAGUUAUUUGCCUGACAAACACAAUUGAGGGCAAACCCUAAGCUAUCAGAGAAAACACUAACAUCUGUACCCUUCUUCAAUCUAAAGGUGCUGUUCUACUUUAUUAACAUCCUUUUGCAUAUAAGUCACUGCUGCUUUUGUACCAAAAAAGAGGUUUUACUUUCUACUCGGGUGACUGGAUCCUGUUUUGGAUACGAUGAACACCCUACUGCUCAAAAGCCUGCUAGACUUUGUGCUUUAUUAUCACUUGCCUUCUACAUGUGAAUAAUGCAAUGAUCACCCAGUGCCACCAGCAGAUUUUUCCGCAAGUAAUGUUAAUGCUGUUCAGUUUCAACUUUUGUCUUACAUUAUAUUGUCAUUCUGUCCAAAAUGUUCCUGUUAGUGCUUUUUGUAUUAAUUAAUUUUGUAUGUUCA